AUUCUGUGCAUUAGAACAAAGUUGAAUACAUCAUGAUAUUGGCUUCUUCUUCUCUAUAAUCAUUAUUGUAUUGAACUGGACGUUCCAAAUCCAAUUACAGGGAAUAUCUAGUCUGGAUGAUAUAAUACUCCUCAUAAUUUAUUCAUAAAUUUUCCCCUAUUCCGUGCGGUUGAAAUAAGUUCAUGAAUGACGUGGUAGAAAAUGGAACAUCAAUAGUUCGAUCUCUCAGACAUUUCACGUUUCACGGUAUAUACGAACAGUUGAUACCCAGUGAAGUCUCUGAUUCUUUGUGUGUUUACUUGGUCUGGUUUUUGAACCCAUGGGUCAACAACUCUAGGUGCUAAUAGAUCACGGGUUAUUAGUAAAGAAAGUAUCUAUUCUAAAUUUACUGUCAAUGGGUCUCGAAGAUGCCUAUCAAAUAAUCCAGAGCAGGAUCUGAACAACAUGGGAGCACGUUGAACUAAGCCAUAUCACCUGGUAUCAACAAUCGAAUAACAAAUAGAUGGCUUACCCUUCAACAACAGAACCACAGUCUGGAUAUAUCUAGCUAUCGCAUAUCAUGUUUUAAUUAUUGAGUGAUGGGAAUAAAGUCCUCAGAGAUCUAUGUAAAUAAGAGUGGAUACGGCCAUCUCUUAUCAGUCGGCCUAUGGUAGAUAGUGAUGUUUAUACAUCUGAGUCUGAAGGAUUCAAGACUAUCAUCCACCAUUUGAUAUUGUUAAUUUAUUAAGGCGUCAUAUUAUGCAGAAACAAUGACCAGCGGAGACAUUACUGGUUUUGAUCUGAAUUUGGUUCUAUUCAUAAUCAAAUCAUGUGCCACAGUUUUCGAUUUUUUGACAUAUCCUUUUUAUUUUCUUCUUCAAAAACCAUGGAGAGCUACCAACUUGUCCAAUAUGCAGAAGGCGAUUGCUAUUCAUCGAGAUGAGAAGUCGAUUACUCUCAGGUGCACAAAGCAGCCAACUGAAUUCCACAUUGAACUUCUCAAAAAUAACAUUGAUACUAUGGCUAAACUUUCGGUAUAUGCAGCAGAAAAACACAGUGAGAAACGGUGUCUGGGUACAAGAAAAAUUCUAGGCGAAGACGACGAAGUUCAACCAAAUGGUAAAGUAUUCAAAAAGUUCCACCUGGGAGAAUAUGAAUGGAAGUCCUACAAGGAAGUUAAUCUUCUGGCUCUGAACUUCGGGCAAGGUCUCCUAGAAAUGGGAAACGAACCCGGCAAGAACAUGGUCAUCCUGGCUGAAACCAGGGCCGAGUGGAUCAUUGCUGCCUACGCCCUCUUCAGGCAAUCCAUCCCUCUGGUGACAGUUUAUGCCACCCUGGGGGAUGAGGCCAUCGCGCAUGCCAUAAACGAAACCGAAGCCCAAACGGUUAUCACCACUUUCACUUUGUUGGCGAAAUUCAGGGGUAUUUUGAAGCUGACGCCCGGAGUCAGGACUUUGGUGUAUAUGGAGGACCAGUUGGAGAGAGUGGGGAGUACUGAUGAUUUUGAUAAUCGUGUGAACAUCGUCUCUUUUGGACAUGUUCUGGAUCUGGGUGCAAAGUCCGAGAAAGGGGAACAUCACCCAACGCCACAAGACACUGCCAUAAUAAUGUACACCAGCGGUUCUACCGGUGUUCCCAAGGGAGUAAUUCUGACCCAUGAGAACAUGAUGACUGCCGUUCGCGGAUUUUGCGACGUUGCCGAAUUGUAUCCGUACAAAGACGUCCUGAUCGGUUACUUGCCAUUGGCCCACGUCUACGAACUGUUGGUGGAAAACGCUUUUCUUUUCAUCGGAAUUCGGGUGGGAUAUUCCAGUGCUUUGACCAUGUUGGAUUCUUCGAGCAAAAUCAAAAGGGGCACUCUCGGAGACGCCUCGAUAUUGCGGCCUACGCUCAUGACCUCUGUGCCGUUGAUUUUAGAUAGAAUUUCGAAAAGUGUACAAGAAAAAGUAACUGCUAGUAGUUCUUUCAAAAGAAUGAUUUUCAAUUUUGGCUGUGGCUAUAAACAACAUUGGACAAGUAGAGGAUUUUCUACGCCAAUAAUAGACAGGGUGAUUUUUGGACCAGUUAAGAAAAUUGUGGGUGGACGACUGAGGAUUAUCACGUCCGGUGGAGCCCCUCUAUCAGCAGAUACCCAAAAAUUGGUCAAAACUUGCUUAUGCACUGACAUUAUCGCAGGCUACGGUUUGACAGAAACUACUUCAUGUGCAACUACUAGUGAAGAUUUUGAUUUAUCUUUUGGUCACGUUGGCGCUCCGAUCACUACGGCUCAAGUCAAGUUAGUGAAUUGGGAGGAAGGUCGAUAUUUCGUCACGGACAAGCCUUAUCCGAGGGGGGAAAUAUUGAUAGGGGGACAUUGUGUCGGUAAAGGGUACUACAAAAUGACGAAGAACAUGAAUGAUGACUUUUUCGAAGAAAAUGGACAGAGGUGGUUCAGAACAGGCGAUAUCGGAGAGAUACGAGAACGUGGAGUCCUCAAAAUCAUAGAUCGCAAGAAGGACCUCGUCAAGCUGCAAGCAGGCGAAUACGUGUCCUUGGGCAAAGUGGAGUCCGAGCUAGGCACGCACUCGCUGGUCGAGAACGUGUGCGUGUACGGGAAAUCGACGAAGAAUAGCUGCGUUGCGCUGAUCGCCCCCAACAAGGCGAAGUUGGCGGCGUUCGCGGAGGCGAGGGGCGUCGUGGGCCGGACGUUCGACCGGAUUUGCGCAGACUCCGGGGUGGUCAAGGCGGUGUUGCAGAGCGUCACCGAACACGGGCUGAGAGGUAAAUUGGAGAAAUUCGAAGUCCCAGCUGCCAUUACCUUGGUGCCAGAUGUCUGGAGUCCAGAAAUGGGAUUAGUAUCGGCAACCCUGAAGGUGAAGAGGAAAGCCAUUGAAGAUUAUUAUAAAAAAGAAAUUUACUCCAUGUAUUCGAAUUUAAAUUGAAACAACGAUUAUUUUAUGUUUAUUAUUUUUAAAGAAUUAUAUUUUUUAUUGAGAUUUUAUUGAUAAAAUGUUAUUUACUGGUAUCCAGUUUAAUUUACCAAUUCCACAGAGACUGUUAUACC